GGAAAGAUCGCGGGACAAAAAUCACAAUAAAUAAAAUAAAAAUAAAAAAAAGGAAAAUUGCAUCUUCCCAGGCUCGAAGCAUCAGCAGCUCCUCCAAAAUCCAUCGGAAGGAUUUGCGUGCAAAGGCGCUGCGCUCGUCGACCGACCGAUUUCCCAUCCCCAAUACCCGCGGCGAUUGCCAUCCCCAAUCGCUCUCGCUUCCGCGCUGUUUUCUAGGUUUUUCUGAGGCGUUGGGACGAUGAAGGAAGCUUUGGCGGUGGCGUUGUUGUUGUUGGCUGCGCUGAUUCCUUCGGCAUGCUCUUCGGCUGCUUCCGGUUCUGCUUUUCUCUGGUCCAGACACUACGAACCGUUUUCCACUGAUGGAAUCAGGGAACUUGUAAACUAUCAGACCAUAUCUCCAAAGGAUCUGGCCAAGUCAAUUCUUUCAAAGGGCGGGUGGUCGGACUUCUUGUGCUUGGGAAAGAAAAGUCAGCAGCCUGUGGAUGUCGCUCUAGUUUUUCUUGGUAGAGAGGUGCAAUCUUUGGAUAUCUCUGCUAACAACCAUGCGGAUCCAGCUCUAGUAGACUUGCUUAAGGUCUCUUUCACAAGGUCUAAUUUUUCAAUGGCGUUUCCCUAUGUUGCUGCCAUUGAGGAGGAGACAGUGGAAACUUCGUUAAUAUCUGGUUUCACCGAAACUUGUGGACAAGGUUUAGAUACCAGUAGCAUUGCUCUUCUGGGAUCAUGCUCCUUAAAGGGGGACAAUUAUCAUAAACUUUCUGACCUGCAAUCACUCAAUGAUUAUCUAGCCUCCAGAAAGGAACAGAGGCCUGAGGGGAAGGCAGAUCUUGUCAUGUUUUGCCAUGAGGCACCUGGCCUUUCAUCUGAAUCUGAUGUACCGCCUUCAGAAAGCGAAAUUUUUUCUGAACUUCUUCUAUCCAUGGAGCAGUCUGGGCAGAAAUUCGCUUCUCUCUAUGUUUCGCGUCCUUAUAGUUCAAUUCAGUAUCCUUCUUCUCGGGAACUAGAAAGGUUUCUUGCUGAAGGCGGUGCAUUGACCAAUAUAACAUGCGAUGGAGUUUGCCAGAUCAAAUCAUCACUCCUUGAAGGAGUUUUUGUUGGGCUUGUGUUGCUUAUAAUCUUAAUAUCCGGCCUCUGUUGCAUGGCGGGCAUUCAAACUCCAACAAGAUUUGAGGCGCCUAAAGAGUCGUGAGUUCUCAGUUCCAGUCUUUUGUCUUGGCAAUGUGGCCGCUGGAUGUUUAAUGAAAGGUGCCCACUAGGUUAAUAUUUGUGAUUGCCUGUCCUGCCUAUAUUCGUUAAAUGGUUGUAUCUGCCAUUUUAAUUAGUUUGGUCGUUUUGUACCCUUCGGAUCACUUAAACUCUAUUUCAGGAAUCAUAAAUGAGUAUUUGAGGGCCUGUAGAUGAAAGAACCAUCUCAAUAUGUCCAGAUUGAUUUUCA